GUACAACAGCUGUACGAUGACUCAAUGGAGGUGUGAAGACGUCGUGAGUGUGAAGCAAGUGUGUGAAACCGCUGUCGCUUGUUAUGCCCUGUUCGCUUGGUGAACUGACGGAAACCUAGCAAAAAUGAGUUUGUUCGGCAAAAAGGCGUCGCCUGCAGAGCAAAUGCGGCAGCAAAAUAGGGAGCUUCGAAAGACGGAGAGAGACAUCGAGAGGGACAGGCGUCAGCUGGAGAGGCAGGAGAAGCAGCUGGAACUCGAAAUUAAGAAGGCUGCUAAUCAAGGAAAUAAGCAGGUAUGCACGGUUUUAGCGAAGCAGCUUGUGCAGUUGCGAAAGCAAAAGGCGAGGACGUACGCUGCGUCGUCCAAAGUCCAAGCCAUCGGCUCUCAGUCAAAGCUCAUGAAUGCGAACGUGAAACUUGCAAAUGCAAUGGCCACCACUGCGAAGACCAUGGGUGAAGUGAACAAGCAGAUCAAGCCUCAGGACAUUGCCAAGACAAUGCAAGACUUUGAGAAGGAGAGUACGAAAAUGGGAAUGACCGAGGAGCUAGUUGAGGACACACUCAAUUCCAUCCUGGAUGAAUCCGGUGAUGAGGAAGAACAGGACGCCAUUGUCAACAAGGUUCUUGAUGAAAUUGGCAUCGAGAUGUCUGGAAAGCUUGCCACUGCUCCAUCUGCAAGGUCUGACCCUCUUGGCGAGAGUUCAAAGGCACGCCUGCCAACUGAUGAUGAAAUAGAACGCCAGCUUGCCAAGUUAAAGACCUGAGAAGCACUAGUUUAUGCUUUUUUGCUAAGCCAUGUGUAAAGAAGCUUCUGUAAUAUACAGUGCAACUGGUUGUGAUAUUGCCAUUGAGUUGCAUGGCAAGAACUAUUACUGACUUAGAGCCUGUUUAACUUUUGUAUUUUUGCAACGCUGUGAAAAUUUUGCAGAGACUACUCUUCCAUGCACAAUACACAUGUGGCACCAAAGAACAUUUUCUCCUUGUUUUACCAACUUGUUGGUUUUGACAUUUGCAUUUUUAAAAUUUUCAAUAAGACACUUUUUCUUGCACUGUUUAAGACAUUUGGUUUGAUCAUUGUGUGCAUGAUAAAAUACUGUUUUGCACCUUUGUCCAGCUUUUUCAGCUCUUGCCUGUUUGGAAAGCUUGCCUCUUCUCACAGAGUCAUGAAGUAGUCCUGUCACUAUGAUUUUUUGUGUUGAUUCCAGUGUGCGCAACAAAAUGAGGCAAAAUGAAUGAGUGACCAACACACUCUUGGCAGUCACACUUAACAUUUACCCCUGAAGGCAUUCCUUCAACACGUAACUGUUGAAGUUUUAAAUGUAUUUGAGCACAUGGGUCAAGAGAAAGAAUCUACACCACCAAAUAAAAUGCAUGAAGCACUUGA